CCCCUCGAAGAAGAAUUUGUUUUCCUCGAAAAUCGUAAAAAUGCGGAACUCUCGACGGUCCGCGGGGGCGGAAAGGGACUUAAUGUAAAACGAAAAAUGUGUAAAAUCAAUUAGCGUGUGUGGCAAAAGAGUGUUGUCGUAUCGCGCUCGUUGAACGGGCCCAUCGCCUACGGCGGAGCGCCACGGAGUGUAUUGCAGUGAAACGACGAUAGAAUCGACAAUCGGGCACCCGUUCCCUCUUUGUUGAUAAGAAGCUGUGCCGUUCCCCGGGAACAACCCUUUCUACCGCGGACGCAGAGGAUGCCGCAAGGUGACCAAAAAUAGCGCAGUAAACAGCAGCAUCGCGCCUCGGGAAACAACUUCCGCCGUUGGCGAGAGGAUUGGUGAAAGUUGGGGGCUCGACCGGAUCAAGGAACACAACCCUUUGAAGCUGCCGACAACAACAACGACAACGACGACGACGAAAACGACGAAUAUAUCGUUAUUUCUUUGCGCUGCGUUAUCUAUAGAAAUAGGUGACCGUGCAUAAUCAGGUGUGUUAUCAUGGUGAAGUGGAAGCAUCCGACGACUAGCAAAGUACCGUGCGACAGUUUUGCCAUUUGUUGGCAGGCCUUAUGAAUGAGACAGAGAUACCUGGACUUGGAGGAAAGAUAAAUUGUGCAACAAAACGGUGCCCCCCCGGUCGGCCUAGGAAGAUGAGAAUCUUCCGGCCAGUGGCCACAAGAACAGCACCAGCAGCACCAUUCAUCGAUGUAGUCCGGUGGUCGUCGCUGGUGAUUGUGGUGCUGGUGGUGCUACUGCAGUCACCAUCUCCGAGUGUCGGUACACAUUUCGUGCCAGCUAGCAAUGGCACGGCACCACCAGGAGCAGCAACCGGCGACUAUGUUGCCCAUAGCAACAUUAGUAAUAGCGUUAGUAGUGAUACGUUAAGUUAUAGUAACGAUAGUUUGGUGUCUCCUGUUACUCCUGCCAUCGGCCACACAACGCCUGCUGGCAGCGAGAGGAGUAGCGAUGGACCGUGGAACGGUUCGAUGGCAAGCAAACCCUGCUGUGAUAGUGUAAACCGUACCGAGCCGAGCGGGAGUGGUAGCGGUAACGGUAGCGUCCCCUCACCUCAGACGCACCGCGUAGUGAUUGAGUUUUCCAGCAAAAUCGUCCAGAACGAGUACAUCGUCCAGUUCAAUGGCUACUACAGGCAACGGGAGCGCCACAGCUUCAUUCAAACCGCCCUGAACGGCUCGAAGGUUCAAAAAUGGCGCAUCUUGCCCAGAAGCAAUCCGGCACAGGAUUUUGCCAGUGAUUUCGAUGUGCUCGCGUUGGAAGAACCGCCCGGGGGUGACGAGCACGAUGGGCUAGCGUUACUACGUUCGCAUCCUUCCAUCAAAAGCAUCUCACCGCAGCGUAUGGUACAGCGGGAGCUCAAGUACGUACCGCUACGCUCCGACCGGCAACAACGAACAUCCCGCAACGAGCAGGAAGAGGAGUACGAUCGACAACUAGACGAGGAUGAUGAUGACGAUGACGAUGAGGAAGAUGAAGAAGAACCGGCGAUCGAUCUCGACGAUCCCGAAACGAAUGAUUUCAUUCAAUUCGUGCAACGUCGGCGCCUAGCAACGGAAGAGUUUAGCCAGCAGCAGCAGCAACAGCAACAACAACAGGAGGAGGCUGCAGCUGCUGUUUCUGCUGCCGAUCGACCCCCGAACCGUCAUGCAAAUCGUCGCCUACUGCGUGCCAUUCCACGGCAAAUCACUUCACUGCUCAAGGCGGACGUCCUGUGGAACAUGGGCAUCACCGGAAAGGGUGUCAAGGUGGCCGUUUUUGACACCGGCCUUUCCAAGUCCCAUCCCCAUUUCAAGCGCAUCAAAGAGCGCACGAACUGGACGAACGAGAAAACGCUCGAUGAUGGCGUUAGCCAUGGGACGUUCGUGGCCGGGAUAAUUGCGUCCGCCAAGGAAUGCCUCGGUUUUGCGCCCGAUGCCGAGCUGCACAUCUUUCGCGUCUUCACCAACAAUCAAGUAUCGUACACGUCCUGGUUUCUCGAUGCGUUCAACUAUGCCAUCCUGCGGAAGAUCAACGUGCUGAACCUCAGCAUCGGUGGGCCCGAUUUUCUCGAUCAACCGUUCGUCGAUAAGGUGCUGGAGCUGUCGGCGAACCGGGUGAUUAUGGUGUCGGCGAUCGGCAACGAUGGCCCCCUGUACGGUACGCUGAACAAUCCGGGUGACCAGAUGGACGUGAUCGGUGUCGGUGGUAUGGAUUAUGCGGAUAACAUUGCAAAGUUCAGUUCCCGUGGUAUGACAACCUGGGAGUUGCCCGGUGGCUAUGGACGCCUUAAGCCCGACAUCGUCACGUACGGGAGUCAGGUGAAGGGUAGCAAUCUGAACGGAGGCUGUAAGUCCCUUUCCGGUACGUCUGUCGCGUCGCCUAUGGUGGCCGGUGCGGUGACACUGAUAGCGAGCGGUGUACUCGAACGACUCGACGAUCUCAAUCCGGCUUCGAUGAAGCAAGCGUUGAUCGAGGGCGCCCAGCGGUUACAGGACAACAAUAUGUUCGAGCAGGGCCACGGGAAGCUUAACAUUCUGCGCAGCAUGAAGCUACUAUCAACGUACAAACCGAAGGUGACCCUAUCGCCGGCGUAUCUCGAUUUUACCGAGGACUACCAGUGGCCGUACACGACCCAAAGCCUGUACUACAGUGCCAUCCCGGUGAUCGCUAACGUAACGAUUCUCAAUGGGAUGGGCGUGAGCGGAAAGGUACUCGGUCGGCCAACCUGGCAUCCGUAUAGCAACGAGCAUGGCCAUCUGCUGAACGUAUCCAUCAGCUACUCCGAGCAGCUGUGGCCCUGGUCGGGCUGGAUGGCGCUGCACAUUGGUGUGAAUGAAGCGGGUCGUGCUUUCGAAGGGAUCGCCCAAGGUCACAUAACGCUAACCGUGCAAAGCCCAGCACAGGGACCGGAUGAGAGUGAACCACGGAACGGGACGGUUAGUUUCGCGAUCAAGGUGCGAAUUAUACCACAACCACCACGCCGGAAGCGCAUCCUGUGGGAUCAGUAUCACAGCCUGCGGUAUCCACCCGGUUAUCUGCCGCGGGAUAAUCUGAAGAUCAAAUCGGACCCCCUGGACUGGCGGGCGGAUCAUGUACACACAAACUUCAAGGACAUGUAUACGCACCUCCGGAACGCAGGGUAUUACGUCGAGGUGCUCGGUGCACCGUAUACCUGCUUCAAUGCGUCCCACUACGGUACGCUGUUGAUCGUCGAUCCGGAAGAGGAGUACUUUGAGGAGGAAAUCGUGAAGCUACACCGGGAUGUGCUGGAGCACGAGCUGAGCGUGAUCGUGUUCGCCGACUGGUACAACACGACCGUCAUGCGGAAGAUCAAAUUUUACGAUGAAAACACACGCCAAUGGUGGAUGCCAGAUACGGGCGGUGCCAACGUCCCGGCACUGAAUGAGCUACUGGCGGGCUUUGGCAUUGCACUCGGUGAUCGUGUUGCCGAUGGGUACUUUGAUAUGCGCGAUCAUCGGAUGUACUACGCGUCCGGUGCUAACAUUGUACGCUUCCCGGCCGGAGCAGGUACGAUCGUGGUCGAGCGUGAUUUGCUGGACGAAGGGCUGGGUAUCGCGAUGCCAGAUGAAAGUCGCCCGAAGGUUCGCUCCAAGACGGCCAUCCUCGGUAUGCUACAAACCGACCGGAAGGUGUACGGAACUGGCGGUAGUCGGAUACAAUCGGCCACACCAAACCCGGAGCCCGGUGUGCGUGUGCAGGAAGAGGGCAACGGGAUAGAGGAUGGUGAUGGUGAUGCUGGAAUGGCAUCGAUCGAUCGCGAUUCGAUCAUUAAUAAGCGGAUUUUGCUUAACGUUCGAUCGUUACCGGCGGACGAGGAGGAUGAUGUCCCGAACGAGGGUGGUGAAUUCCGGGAACAGGAUCCCGUGCCACCGGGGCAACAGCACCAGCAGCAGCAGCAACAGGUUGGACCACCCUCAGUACCGGUAGAUGCGGUCGAGAUACAGGAAGAACCGGUGGAUGAGGAGCUGGGCUCGUUGGUAUUGCGAGAACGGUCGAAGGUACAGCAGAAUAACUACACCGGGCCGGCUGUAUCGCGACCGCGUAAGAUCGACGAUGGAAACCGGAAUGAUGUCGGUCCGACCGGUGGCCGUAUAGCCGUGUACGGUGAUUCGAACUGUCUCGAUUCGACGCACCUGGAGAAACCGUGCUUUUGGUUGCUCGAUUCGCUGCUCGAGUACACGAUGACCGGGCACGUGACGAGCCUGCUGCGGGAGCUGAACAGCAGCCGGCGUACGGAGCAGCUGGAAGAAAAUCAAAAACCACCCCAACGGAUGCAACACAACAAUCUGCAUCUCUACUCGAAAGUGCUGGUCACGCACUCGUCGGUACACGCGAAAAGGCCCCUACCAAAAUGUGACCGCCUAGAAUGGGAGCAACCGGUAACGCUAAACAUGUCCAGCCUAACCGGACUGAACGAUCGGUUGCUGACGCUCGAGCAAGAACAGCAACUGCAACAGCAACGGCAACAACAGCUACAGCAGCAACAGCAACAGCUCAUCCAGCAACGUCAAUUGCAACAAUCAAACAAAGUCCCUCCACCGAUUCCGCUGUUCGGCAACGAACUGGAUGAUAUUAACUUUUUCCGUAAGUUGGAAGUAGUGAGUCAGAAAGCAUCGUCCGUACUGAGCGCAAACGAUGAACCGGACCUACCCGGGUGGCGGAAUAAGAAGACGGACAAAAUACCUCCCAACGCACCGCCCUCGAUCGGUGGUGGUGCGGUCGUCGGUGCCGGUCCGGUCGGUGCCAACGGUCCAACACCCGUGCUCGGUAUCAAGACGGUUCCGCUGAGCGUAGGUGAUCAUCGACAGCAGCAACAAAUGAACGAGCAGCUUCGGUUAGCGGCCCCGGGAGCCGAUGGAUUAACGAGAGGAGACGGUCCAGUACCGCGAGCCGGCAGUGUUACGGCAGGUCCAUCGCAACAACACAGCUCCACGGCUACCGGGUCGACCAAACGCCACGAUUCGACGGCAUUCGAUUGGAUCACAUCAAAGAGCUUCCUGCUGCUGGCCGGGAUUGCGCUGUUCGCGCUUCUCAACUGGCUCCGCCGAACCAAAGGGUUGACCAUUAAGCGAAGGCUUAAUUAUGUUUUCAAAAAGAUUGGCUUCUGAGCCACAAAAAAAAUCGUCAGCCAACAACACGGCUGACCCAACGAUACCAAAAUGGUGAAGGAAAGGAGGAGGGGGCUGCGCCAGUUCGCAGCUUUCCGAUGUUAUACACGUCUGUUUUCUUUUAGGUUUUCUCUGUUGUUGUUAAAGUGCGAAUUUGUUGGUUUCGGGUGCUUACGCAGCACCGUAUCCGAGGGGGCCUAUACAAUGGAGAGACAGAUCCAUGUGUGGUUUUAAGCCAUCCAGGCACGUGGCUGGCUUUACGUUUGUCGUCACUGUCAGGGCGGCAGCCAGGCAGUCUGAGCGUGGAUUUUAUGAUUACAUACAUUAUGUAUUCAAGAGAAGGGUAGUGCGUUCCACAGUUCAGCAGUUAGAACAGGUAGCAACAGUAGCAGCAAUUGUGUUUCCCUCCCUAGUUUACUAGAAUGGCAGAGUGGUGAAUGAAUAAAGUGAAAAAUAUUUGUAUAUUUUUAUAACGAAU